GAUUUGAACUUCAGUAAUAAAAAAAAAGAAUUGAAAAUGAAGAACAGAAGGUUGUGACGCGUCACGUACAUGUUACGUGCUACGUCGUCGGUGACGUCUUUUAAAGUGACAGCUGCAGCUUUUUGUAGCCGAGUAUUUACGUCGCCCCGCGGUCGUCGCCACUUAACUGUGUGAACAGCUGAGUCGCAGCCGCCCGUCGUCCGUCGACAUGACCAGCGGCACGGAGGGGAGUAAACUAUGGGGGGGUCGCUUCGUGGGAGACACGGACCCCAUCAUGGAGAAGUUCAACGCAUCCCUCGCCUACGACCAGAGGAUGUGGGACGCGGACGUCCGAGGCAGCAGGGCCUACGCGAAAGCUCUGGAGAAGGCGAAGCUGGUCACCGCCGGCGAGAUGGAGCAGAUCCUGCAGGGGAUGGAUCAGAUUUCAGAUGAGUGGACUAAAGGUGUUUUUGUUAUCAAACCCGGGGAUGAAGACAUUCAUACCGCGAAUGAGCGCCGGCUAAAGGAGCUGAUUGGUGCACCCGCAGGGAAGCUGCACACUGGCAGGAGCAGGAACGACCAGGUGGUGACUGACAUGAGGCUGUGGCUACGAGAUGCCAUCUCAACCCUCACAGAGAAUGCCCUGCAGAUGAUAUCGACCAUGGUGGAGCGGGCGGCUGCGGAAAUUGAUGUCCUGUUUCCUGGUUACACCCACAUGCAAAGAGCUCAGCCAAUAAGAUGGAGCCACUGGAUUCUGAGUCAUGCCGUGGCUCUGAGCAGAGAUGUGGACCGGCUUCGGGAGAUCAGGAGGAGGGUUAACGUUUUACCUCUUGGCAGUGGUGCCAUCGCCGGAACGCCGUUCAACGUCGACAGGGAGCUACUGCAGAAAGAGUUGGCGUUCGAGGGCAUCAGUCUAAACAGUAUGGACGCCACGGGCCAAAGAGACUUUGUUGUGGAGUUCUUGUUCUGGGCGUCGUUGUGUUUGACCCACCUCAGUAAGAUGGCCGAGGACCUGAUGCUCUACAGCACGAAAGAGUUCUCCUUCGUCACGCUGUCCGACGCCUACAGCACAGGCAGCAGUCUGAUGCCCCAGAAGAAGAACGCUGACAGUCUGGAGCUGAUCAGGAGCAAAGCAGGUCGUGCCUUUGGCCGAUGUGCAGGGUUCAUGAUGACGCUGAAGGGCCUGCCCAGCACCUACAACAAAGACCUGCAGGAGGAUAAAGAGGCCAUGUUUGACUGCUAUGACACCGUUCAUGCUGUGCUGCAGGUGACAACUGGAGUCAUGUCAACUCUCCAGAUCAACCAGAGUGUGAUGGAGGCGGCCCUAAGUCCUGACAUGUUGGCUACUGAUCUGGCCUACUACCUUGUGAGGAAGGGGAUGCCUUUCAGAGAGGCCCAUGGUGUCUCUGGUAAGGCUGUGUUCAUGGCUGAGUCCAAACAUGUCACACUGAAUCAACUCACCGUGGAAGAGCUCAGUGUUCUCAGUCCUCUGUUUGGAAGCGACGUGUCCUCUGUGUGGGACUACAGGAGCAGUGUGGAGCAGUACAGCGCCCCCGGAGGCACGGCCAAGAGCAGCGUCGCUGCACAGGUGGAACACCUGAGGAACUGGCUCAACAGACAGAAACAGGCACAGUGACUUUGGCUAGAUUUUAACCGUACAUUGUUUUGAAUCAGGUUUACUGCCCAAAUUUAGAUAAGUAUGAAAUAUCAUACUGAGGUCAAAAAUAUUGGAAACCAUGUUGCCUUCUCAAACGUUCACCUCUCUUCUUUGUACUGACAUGGAAACAUAUUAGCCUGUGUUUUUAAUUGAUACAUUAUUUGUUACAAAAAAAACCUGACUCGUGUAACAAAAAUAAAUAAAUGAUAUUCAAGUUUUA